CAGCCAAUCAGGGCCGCGCCAACCAGCUCAACAGGUUGUGCUCGAAAGGCAAACAGAACGUGUGAAACACACACCUGCUACACUCAGAGACACGUCUGCAACCUGCUAGUCAUGAAGCUGACCGUGCUGUGCUGUUCUGUUCUGCUGCUCUCUGUCCUGUCCCACAGGGCCGUGGCAGGUGUGGAUGAUGCACGUGAACAAGGAGCCAAUGAUGGAUUCACACAGUCUGACUGUGAGAAGUAUUCCACCCAAUCCGGCUGCACCAAGGAGUAUGAUCCAGUAUGUGGCAAUGAUGGAACGACCUACAGCACCGAAUGUGUUCUCUGCCAGUACAACAGAGAACUGAAGAAAACUGUGAGAGUCGCAGGCAGAGGGGAGUGCCCAUCUUAACUGGCCGUGUUGUCCAGUGGCACACGGGCGCACACACAAUAAUCAUUCCAUGUAACUCAAUAAAGUCACAUACCGCAUA